CAGACGUCGCCGGCAAACGAAACGCUGAGGGGUGCCAGAAGAGAGAUACAGAUACAUUCGGGCAGUAAGUGCGGGCGAGAUAGCUACAACUCCUGUUCCCGGUUCGUUUUGUCAUUCCCAUUCCAUUCCCAAUUCCCGUCACACGAGUUAGCAGCGCACAGCUGCAUCCGAGAUCCUUUUUGUGGCGUGCUCGCGAACAUAACCCCUUUUAUUCGGUUGCCAACGACGCCCCUGCGACAGGCAGAAAGCAGAAACAGAAGAAGAAGAAGCAGCACGAAGCGAAGCAGAGGCAACACAGAAAAACAGCAAAAGCAAAGCAUUGGAGUAGUUGUUUGGAUGUGGACGGAAAGGCAGACUGGCGGCGACUAACUAAAAGCAGUACAUUGACAGGAGCAGCUCGGAGUGGACAGGAUAAGGAUAAUAAGCAGCCGAUAACAGCCAGCAAAAGAUUUGGCUUACAUAUUUAAGCCAGCCAGCCAGCCAGUCAGCCGGGCACUUUCGAAGUAGCCAACGUCCUGGGCCCCAAGAUACCAAGAUACCCGUACCCACCAAAUCACCAAUCACCAACCAUUAGCAGGCGACGACGACACAUCCGCAGAAGAUGUCCAACGGCAAGGCGACGGUGUCGUUCUUUGAGAACGGGAACACCAAACAGUUCGAGUACUGCUACCAGAUAUAUCCCCAGGUGCUCAAGCUGAAGGCGGAGAAGCGCUGCAAGAAGCCGCAGGAGCUGAUCCGUCUGGACCAGUGGUACCAGAAUGAAUUGCCCAAAUUGAUCAAGGCUCGCGGCAAGGAUGCGCAUAUGGUCUACGAUGAGCUCGUCCAGUCAAUGAAAUGGAAGCAGUCGCGCGGGAAGUUCUAUCCGCAGUUGUCUUACCUUGUAAAAGUCAACACACCGCGCGCCGUCAUCCAGGAGACGAAGAAGGCUUUCCGUAAGCUGCCCAAUUUGGAGCAGGCGAUCACAGCGCUAUCAAACCUCAAGGGCGUCGGGACCACAAUGGCCAGCGCCCUGCUGGCAGCCGCCGCCCCCGACUCGGCACCAUUUAUGGCCGACGAGUGCCUGAUGGCCAUACCAGAGAUCGAGGGCAUCGAUUACACCACCAAGGAGUACCUCAACUUCGUCAAUCACAUCCAGGCCACCGUGGAGCGCCUCAAUGCGGAGGUGGGUGGCGAGACGCCACAUUGGUCGCCGCAUCGCGUGGAGCUGGCCCUCUGGUCGCACUAUGUGGCCAACGAUCUCAGUCCCGAGAUGCUUGACGAUAUGCCGUCGCCGGGAUCCGGCGCAGCCGCCACUGGCACCGGCUCACUCAGCACAAACGGCAGCAGCAACAAGGUGCUCGACGGUGACGACACCAACGACGGUGUGGCCGUUGAUCUAGACGACGAAAGCCAGGGAGCAGGCGGUCGCAACACUGCUACGGAAUCGGAGACGGAGAAUGAGAACACCAACCCGGCUGCCCUUACGCCCCUGCUGUCGGGCGAGGCCAAGAAAAACAGCAACGCAGCUGCCGUCGGCGCCGCCCUACAGGAUGGCGACUCCAACUUUGUGUCGAACGAUUCCACCUCCCAGGAGCCGAUCAUCGACGAUAAUGAUGGCACUACGCAGACAACGGCCACUACGUCCACGGAGGAUGGAGAGCCUAUAGCCCUGGGUAUUGGCACUGGUUUGGGUGGCACACCGCUCGCCUCAGACUCUGAAAGCAAUCAGGAGGCGCCGCCCAAGACCAACAGCCUGACCAUCCUGACUCCGACACAGCCCUCGACCCAGACCCCGAAUCAAACGCAGACGCCGAGCCAGCCACUCAAAACUAACAAGCCGAUCACUAACAACGGCCAGGUGGCUUCCUCGGCAGCAGAUGAGGCGGUCACAGCAGUACCACAGCCAGCCAGCAAAACGACUGCAGCAGCAGCCAAUGGAAAUGGAAAUGGAAAUGGCGUCUUGGGUGACGAGGAUGAGGACGAGGUUGAGGACGAGGAGGAGGACGAGCUGGAAGAGGAGGAUGAACACGAGGCGGAGCUAGAGGCUGACGAGAGCAAUAGCAGCAACGGCAUUGUGCGGGAUAGUAAGCUACAGCAGCUGGCGGCGAACAAGGCUAAGGCGGCGGAUGCCGUUUUGCCAGUAGAGUCAGAGGAUGCAGAUUCGGCGCCUGCAAUUGGACAGAAGCGCACGGCCCUGCACUGCGAGAUGGAGCUGAAUAGCGCCGGUGGAGUGGGUGUGGACGUGGGGGAGAAGUCCCCGGAGCUAAAGAAACUGCGCAGCGAAUGAGGCGGAGGUGAUGAUAGGAUACGAAAUACGGAUACGGAUGCGGAUGCGAAAACGGGGAUCGGUUCAGUUCGGUUCGGCUCGCCGCGUAUCUGGUGGAAAGACAUAUGUAUGUAGUGCAGUUGAGUCGACAUAGAGACAUAGAGCAACAUUACCUACACUUUACCACAACAACAUUCAAGAAAUUCUACUAUUAAGCAACUAAUUAUACAUACAUAUAAUAUAUUAUAUAUAUAUAUACAACAUAUAACGAAAAGCAAACAUCCAACACACACCACUCUCAUACACACAAUACAAAAACCACAAAACACCGACAUAACAUAACAUAGCCGAUCAGAUCAGAGCGGAAUAUAAGAUCCCGAUCCAGCAAGGAGAACCACAAACAUUUCAAUAGCAUAGGAAGCGCGCCAAGAUGAAGAAUCCGAUCAAGAAUCCGAAGAACAAGCAGCAGCAGCAAAAGAGAGUUCAGAAUGCAGCGUUAACGUAUUAUUAAAACUGAAACGAAAAGCAAAUGCAUAACAUGAAUAGUAACUAUAAAACAAGAUCAGAUGAAAAUCGAUAUUUUUACACAGUCAAAAAGGAACAUUUAAAUAUAAAGAAAUUUACAAAUGCCGCAGUUGCCCACUACAUACAAAAACAAAAAAAAAAUAAAAACAAAAAAAAAUACAAAACAAAAUGAUUAAGAUGGAAAAAACAAUAAUUAUAAUAAAACAGAAAAGUAAUUUAUAUACAUAAGUAUUUAAAUUUAAUAAUAAAUCAAAACUCGUCGCAUAAACCAAGCCCAAACCACCACAUCCACCCCCCCGACCUUCGACCCCGCAGCAUCUCGCGCUCUCUUUCUCUCACACACACGCAGCACACACAACAUCCACAUACACACUCGGAAGAAACAAAACAAAACUCAUUUCAACACUAAGAAAUUUUUGUGGUCGUAAUUAUAAUAAUAUAAUUUAUAUUUUAUGUGUAAAACUUUUUUUUUAACUUUACAUAUACUGAAUUUUUUAUAAUUUAUAUAAUAAUCAUUUUCAUUUGAUUUCCGAAAAGAAACGGAAGCAAACAUAAGAAAACUGCAUCUUAAUUGCACCCGGCGCAGGCCGACCGAUCUCCGGGUAGUUUGGGUUGUCGGUAGCGGUGGGUUCCCCGAAAUCCACGGUCCAUACAACACGCAGAUCGGUCGGACCUAAAAAAAACACCAUCUCAAAAUUAUAAUCAUUUUUAUUAUUAGUAGCAUAAGUCCAAAUAAAAUGUGAAAUAUUAAGAGAACACGGCAUAAAACAAA